AUGAUCUCCCCAGCAAUCUUCCCUGCUCUCUUGGGCAAGUUGUGCCGCUCAUACUUGGGUGGCUGGAAAGUGGCGAUUUGCUAUUUGACCGGAUCCUGGUCCGCGCACGCAGACGCCACGAAAGAGAUCCAGGAACUCUUUGUGUCUGUUCCAACGGGACCCACCUUGAUCAUGAACGUGCUAUCCUAUGUACCUUUCAUGUUUUGCUUGAACUCUCUGCCUGGCUUCUCACUGGAAUACCAGCGUUUCAUUGCUUUAUACUGCCUCACACCAACUCUUCUCAUGGGCUUGGUCUACUACUAUUACAUCUUUCGAUCCAACAUGUGGAACUUCACCGUUUCCACAGUAGCUGGAUGGCUCAACAACUGGGUCAUGAUGAUGGGCAUCUCUUUGGUCUCCUUCUCUCAGAUUGCCCUCCGCUAUCUGGCUCUUCUCGCCUUGGAGAAGCUUUUGCCCAGCGCGUGGCAGGGGUACAUGACCUUUCCGCUCAGCACCAUUGAAGCUUCGGUUCAGCACACCGUGCUUCUACUCUACGGUCUGGGGGCGGCUUUUGUGCUCUCUGCUCCUCUGUGGUGCAAGGGGUAUCGUGUUGUGAUGGAAGCGAUUGGGCGAGAGAAUCGCUUGAGCACCUCAGAGGCCAUGAUGGAGAUCGUGUACACCACAUCGCAGGCAGGCACUGUCUUGCAGUUGCAGACAGCCUUGGCGAUGAUUCAGGUCAGAUUUGGUUGUCCCUUCCACUUCAUCCACUUCGUGGUGGUCAUUGUGGAGCACAUCUUCUUCCAUUACAUGGUGCAGUUCAAAUUUGCUUGGCUGCACAAGCUUUAUCAUGAAGUGCAGCCCUUUCAUCGCCUUGUUCACUUGGAGCAUCACAUUUGCAAAGGUACAUACCCAACGACACCAGCAGCAGGGCUUUGGGAAGGAUGGGUUGAAGGAGGCACCCUAUUCUUCUGCAACACCCUCGCUUGUGUUCCAUAUUUUCUCUUCCAUGCAGCCUAUUCUGGUCCCAAUGUAGUGACGCACAAUGUGUGGCCACACAAAUCCUUGAUCCAAUGGCACACUCUUCACCAUGUUGUGCACAGCGACAUCUAUGCUGUCAAUGUCCCCAGUGAAAGCGACGAGAAGUUUUCCAGGGAUAUCAAGCAUUACAAGGAGCGGCUGAGCCAGUACUCUCCCUUCAUCAAGUACAAGUUCCCCUCAGACCUGGCAGGCUUUGCAAUGACGUUCAUCGUAGGUUUGGUUUUGCAUCAGUGCGGCGUUGGGCUUUUCCAUGUGUGGCACGAGCGAGAGCUGCACUUCGCCUGA